UCAAGAGGAAAACAUAUGACUACCCAAUAAAAUAAUAAACUCUUAUUAUUAAAUAUGAAAAAAUGGUCCCCAAUCCAUUUCUGAAAUAGUUGAUACUACCAAAACGUAGAAGAGCUCUGACUUCGUAGAAGAGCGACAAUAUCAAUGGCAUCUCCGAAUUCUCUCUCCAAACUCGCUAUGGAUUCACAAACCGACGGUUUCAGUGGUUGUUCCCCAAGGCUCGUAGCCUUAGCUCAAGAGCUUCGUCUCUAUAAACCUCCUCGAUCGAUUUAUGAAAUUGAUGUUGAAGAGGAAAGCAUUGAAGACAGUGCCGGGAAGGCUGUUUCUCAAGUGGGUUUUCCAGAGUCUGCAACCCCAAUGGCCAAUGAGCCAAAAAAGUUCAGACCCAAGAGAGCUGCAGUUCUGAUCUGUCUCUUUGAAGGGGAUGAUGGUGAUCUUCGUGUCAUCCUCACUAAGAGGGCUUCCAAGCUUUCUACUCACUCAAGUGAAGUUGCGUUGCCUGGAGGGAAGGCAGAGGAGGCAGAUGCAAAUGAUGUCGAGACAGCAACUAGAGAAGCCAGGGAAGAGAUAGGCUUGGAUCCUUCAUUUGUGAAUAUUGUGACUACCCUUGAGCAGUUCUUGUCCUUGCACCUCAUUAUAGUAAUUCCUGUCAUUGGCAUACUUUCUGAUAAGAAAGCCUUCAAGCCUGCUCUUAAUGCUGCUGAAGUGGAAGCAGUAUUUCACGCUCCCUUGGAAAUGUUUCUAAAGGAUGAUAAUCGGAGAUCAAAAGAGAUACAGUGGGCUGGAGACCUGUGGCUGAUGCAUUUCUUUGACUAUGAAAUGAAUGAUAAGAAGUAUGUGAUAUUUGGUUUAACUGCUGCGAUUCUGAUUAGGGCAGCAUCUGUUGUGUUCAAAAGGUCACCAGCUUUCCUGGAGCAGAAUCCAAAAUUUAAGCCCAAGGUUUUGGAUACUUUUAUGCGUUGUUUUUAGUUAUUAUUAAUUUGGUUGUAAUGCAUGUUAUUAUCCUCGGAGAUCAAAGGAGAUACAGUGGGCUGGAGAUGUUGAACUUGGUUAUUUCAAAGUGCAUGGUCUGCUGUACUUUUUAGACUAUCAGACCGAUAUAUAAACGUUAGACCUGUUAAGUUUUACUGAUCUUCUGCCUACCAUUCAGAUUAAAACAAGGCUUUGAAAAGAAUAAGAUUUUGGAGCCAAUUGGCAACAAGUGUGAAGCAAUAUCUUCCUGGAG